AUGGCAAUUAUCAUCCUGCGAGGUCUCAAUUUAUGGCGGCAACUGGCAGGCACGCGUGCCAAGGUUGUGGAUGAGGAGUUAAUCCAGCGAGUGAUUGGGAGUGAGCCCAAGCCUGUCAGCACCUUUGUGGACAACAAAUCCGCAUUGCCUUAUGAAGAAUCCAGUUUCUAUGGAAGAACAAGAUAUCGACACACGUUUUCAAUCAUUCGUGAUGUGUUGAGCGAGGACAGAUUAAAGUGGAGUUUGCGUCGAGCAACGAGCGAGCAGCGAGCGAUAUUCUCACGAAGGACUACAAGUUAUGUACUAAUUUAUUUCCUUGCACACUUACAUGAGGGUAAUGAGGACGAAAUUAAAAGUGGGGCCCAAGGCCCUGUUGGCCCCAAGCAUUACAUUGUGUACAUGGGAGAGCACUCUCAUCCGAGCACUGAUUCCGUCGUCUCCGCCAACCAUGCAGUGCUUGCUUCUGUAAUGGGGACUGAGGAUGAAGCAAAACAAGCUGCGACCUACCAUUACAGCAAGAGUUUUAGAGGUUUUUCCGCAAUGCUUACUCCCGAACAAGCGAGCCUACUCCAAGACGACGAAGAAGUCAUUUCGGUAUUUGAGAGCAAGAGGAAUCGAGUCGAUUCGACACAUUCAUGGGACUUCUUGGGUGUCAACCUGCCUGCUGGUAAUAAUCUAGGGAAGGAGAUGCAUCUACAAUCAGAUGUCAUUGUUGGCUGCAUUGACUCAGGGAUUUGGCCGGAGUCAGAGAGUUUCAAUGAUGCGGGCCUAGGCCCGGUCCCCAAACGGUUCAAAGGAGAAUGCGUCUCUGGACAAAAUUUCAGUGCAGCAAAUUGCAACAGGAAAAUCAUUGGCGCCCGUUACUACUCGAAAGGCAUCCCCUUGAAUCCGUUGGCCUCCCUUCUUCCGAUCGCCUCGGCGAUGCUGAGGCCACGGGACCCAACACGCGCCUCCACCAUCACCGGCUCCAUCGUCCCCAGCACGAGCAUGCUCGGCAUGGCACCCGGCGUUGCUCGAGGCGGCGCGUUCGGAGCUCGUCUGGUCGUGUACAAAGCGUGCUGGUUCGGUCUCUGCAGUGAUGCCGAUAUCCUUGCAGCCUUCGACGACGCGGUCGCCGACGGUGUGGAAAUAAUCUCCAUGUCUGUGUCGCCCAUUCCGCCGCAGCCUAGUGUUUUCUCGGAUGUCAUCUCGAUCGGGUCUUUCCACGCUUUCCGAAAGAAGAUUCUGGUGACCGUUUCUGCCGGAAACACAGGAUUGCCAGCGUCGACGACUAUUAUUGCGCCGUGGAUGAUGACGGUUGCUGCGAGCUCUAUUGAUCGUCAGUUCAAUUCGUAUGUUCAUUUGGGCAACUCCAAAGUUCUAAGGGGAACAUCAUUGAAUCCUACCGGAUUGACUGGCCAUUAUCCCAUCAUAUCAGCAAGCGCUGCUGCAGCUCCAGGUAUUCCAGCCAAAAAUGCCAGUUUUUGCCAGAAAAACACGAUGGAUCCCAGGUUGAUAGCGGGAAAGAUUGUGGUCUGCGCAAUAAAGACGACGAGAGUACGGGGUGCUGUCAAGCAUAGAGGAGAAAAAGACAACAAAGGAGAUCUGGGAUAUUCUAACAAAGCGAUUCAGAGUCUACCUGACUCGUAUGAUCAACUCAUCAUCAACCUGACGAACAACGUCCUCACGGACAAUCUAGUCUUCGACGAUGUUGCAGCCGCUGUUCUGGAGGAAGAAAAUCGGCGCAAGAACAAGGAAGACAGGCAGACAAGUUCGCAGCAAGCGGAGGCCUUGUCGGUGACGAGAGGAAGAUCAACGGAACGUGGCUCCAGUGGGAGUCAUGCCCAUGGUAGAUCGAAAUCACGAAAGAACCAACUACAAAGUGAAGAGAAAGAAAGCAGUUCGAGGAAGGACUCAGAGACUGUAGCUGUUCAGGUAGAAGAUAAUCUGAAUUCUUCUGAAGCGACACCGGAGCAUGAUGUACAAGAACCAGUCGAGGCCGAGGCUCCAGAAGUUCGAAGGUCAACUCGUGAUCGUGAUAAUAGCAAAUCCACCACAGGUUAUGUGUUUGCACUUGCUGGCGGAGCUAGAGACGAUCGGAGAGCCAAGGUUGAAGCAGUGCAGAAAGCUGGCGGUGUGGCGAUGAUCGUCGUGGCUCCUCAGCUCGUAGAUCUCGCCUUCUUACUUCCAUUUCCAAACUCGUUGAUCGGCCAGGCUGAAGCUCAGGUCCUCGAUGAGUAUCUCAGCUCAGAAAGAUAUCCGACCGCGACGAUCUCGAAAACUUUUACCGUUCUCGACACCACCCCAGCACCUCAAAUGGCAUUCUUUUCCUCACAAGGGCCUAACCUUAUUCUACCCGACAUAAUUAAGCCGGAUAUCACGGCACCAGGAGUGAACAUAUUGGCUUGCGUGUCCCUCCGAGGUCCGAAUGGGCGAAGGGCCCUCACUAUAACAUCAUCUCCGCACGCUCAUAUCGUGCCCCCGAGCCCCGCCGAAGUUAUGUCUGCAUUGAUGACCACAGCAACUGUUGAAGACAACACUCACGGCCCAAUUCUCCGCUACCCAAACGGGUCACAAGCCACUCCUUUCGACUACGGAUCAGGCCACUUAAACCCGGUGGCAGCAAUAAACCCAGGCUUAGUCUACGACUUCAGGCCCAAAGACAUCAUCAACUUCCUCUGUAGCAACGGAGCCACCUCAGCUGGACUCAAGAACCUCACUGGGUACUCCACCAAAUGCAGUGCUCCCCUCAUCCCCUCGUACAACUUCAACUACCCUUCAAUUGGAGUUUCCAAGGUCACCGGGAAAAUGUCGGUGUAUCGGACGGUCACGAACGCGCACGACGGCGACUGGACUUAUCGAGCGGCGGUUGAGAAUCCGGCGGGGGUUUGGGUGAGCGUUGUGCCUGAAGAGCUAGUGUUCAGCAAAUUUGGAGAGAAGAAGAGUUACAGGAUUGAUCUGGUGCCUUAUGAGCCUAGUAGUGGGAGGUUUGUGUUUGGGUCCGUAACUUGGAGUGAUGGGACUCAUAGAGUGAGGAGUCCGAUUGGGCUCAAUGUGGUCUCGGUCUAGGUGAGCUUGAUGUUGGUUACUAGUUUGAGUUUGGCUUUGUACUAGGUUUAAGAUAAGAAGUUGCUCUUUUCUGGCAGUUUAAUUACCAAGCAGUU